AUGGAUCGUCGGCGACGCAACAACGAAGCGGCAAAGCGUUGUCGAGCGAACCGUCGUGCCCAAUUCGAGUACCGUAGUAGACGAGCGCAACAGCUAGAAACUGAAAAUGAGGAGCUGCGGAAGGAGAUGAAUCGUCUGAAGCAAGAACUUGAACAGCUGAAAGCACUACAUGCUGCCAAAACUGCUGCUGCUCUACAACGGUGA